AUGUUUUUCCUCAAAGAGCUCGAGAAGACUAUCCAGCUACACCCGUCAUACUUUGGCCCUCUGAUUCGUCAGCACAUCCAUCGCGAAUUGCUGCAGAAAGAGGAGGGAUCGAGCACUGGAAAGUACACCAUCGUGUGUAUUCUGGACUCGUUCGAUAUCUCCGAUGGCAAGGUGAUGCCUGGCUCUGGCUCUGCAGAGUACGUUGUACACUACAAGGCAGUCGUAUGGCGGCCCUACAAGGGCGAGGUGAUGGACGGCAUCGUUACCUCAGUACUCCGCACUGGAUUCUUCGUCGACUGUGGAUCGUUGCAGGCCUUUGUGGGACGCAGUAUGAUUCCCGCUGAAAUCAAGUUUGACGCGAACGCUACACCCCCGCAGUGGACCGACGAUGGAGAGCAGGUUAUUGAAAAGGGCACCAACAUCCGCAUCAAGAUCAAGGGUCUCAGAUCCGAGGUGGACAAGAUGUAUGCCGUAGGCACCAUGAAGGAGGAUUAUCUCGGCCCAUUGCCGUCAUAG